AAGAAUAUUCACUUAAUACCAGUUUCAAAUUAAUUUAAACCAUAUCUCAAGUGGUCUCCCAUCCAAAACUUUACUUAAUUAAUCUUUCUUCUUAAUCCUAAACUUAAACCUUAAUCCUGUCGCUUAAUCCCUAUUUAAACAUCCAGCUAAUUCUAAUACUUAACCCCCAACGGUCAACAGAUCAAUCAAAUCCCAAUCAUCGAUUAUUCCACGUGGAAAAAUCCAAACGGUUAGGAUCUCGCCAGGCAAAUAAGCAUCAUCUCCAACGAGAUUCCUCUCCGGAAAACACUCUCCGCCUGGGAACCCUAACCCUAAUCCCAAUAAGCUUCUCAUCGCCAUCUCCAACUCCAUCUCCACCGAUCCGAGAGAUCCUUCCACCUUUCUCUCCCUCUCCCUCUCGCCGUCGUUGCGAUGGGGUGCACCGCCUCGAAGGUGGCGGCGGCGGAGGCGGGGGCGGAGAACAAUGGGGAUCGGAUGCCACGCCCAAUUAGGCGGCGGAUCGAGGAGAUCCGGUGGAGGCAAUGGCGGGAACGGCGGAAGGAUAGCAUCGUAUCAACAACCCAGCUCCUCAGCGGCGACGAGGAGCGCGAAUUCGAGACCCCCGCCGGAUCACAGGAGAGCAUCGAGAUGCGAUCCUCGUCGGCGGAGAAGACAAAAGAGGAGGGAGAGAAGGAGAACAGGAAGGAAGAGCCAAUAGAAUUGGGGGAUCGAUCGCCGGAGAUCGGAUUCGCCGCGAAGGAAUCGAAGGAGAAGGGAGAAGGGCCGGAAAAGGCGUCGGAGAUGGAUGGCACCGCCGAAGAGAAACAAGAGGAGAUUGAAAUCGUACCUUUGUCGGAGACUACUGAUGGUGCCGCCGAGACGAAGGGAGAAGAGACGAGAGAGCCGUCGCCAGAGACGGGUGGCGCCGCCGCGGAGGAGGAGGAGGAGCCGGGAUCGCCGAGCUUCCGGAUUUAUUUCGAGCAACGCAAAUGGGAUUCUGAUGAUUCGGUUUUGUCUUCAUCGAAAAAUAAAGAAAAGAGUAAUGAGAAGGUCAAAGAAGAUUCAGAUUCCAAUGGGCCCUCAACUUUUUCUCACUCUCGCUCUCGCUCGGAGGGGAGAGAAGAGAUGAUGAAAUCACCAAAGAAAGAAAGAGGAAAGAGAUUGAAGGCAUUAACAAAAGCACCAAGUAGAGUUAACUGCUUCUUGCAUUGCUAUCACUACAACCAUGUCAACUCACCCAAAAGAAAUGUCACUUCUGAGGAUCAUUCAUCACCAAGACAAUCCUAUGGAAAUGCUUCAUAGAUCUACGUA